AUGGAAACUUACUUAGAAGCACAUGGCCUAUGGGAAAUGAUGGAAAUUGAUGAAGUUCCAGCACUUCCUGAAGAUCCAACAAUUGCCCAAAUGAGAGAGUGCAGGGAGGAAAAGAAGAAGAUGAAUAAGGCCAAGACCUGCAUUCACUCGGCACUAACAGAUGAAGUUUUUACAAAAAUCAUGACCUGUAAAACUGCAAAACAGGCAUGGGUUUUGUUGAAAAAUAAAUAUGAAGGAAAUGACAGGACAAAAAGAAUGCAAGUCCUGAACUUGAAAAGCGAAUUUGAGAUGCAGAAGAUGAAUGAGAGAGAAUCAUUAAAAGAUUACUCUGAAAGAUUGAAGAAGGUGGUAAACAAAAUCAGAUUACUGGGAGAAGAACUUCCUGAUGAUCGGGUUGUUGAGAAAAUAUUGGUAACUUUGCCGGAAAGAUUUGAAUCAAAAAUCUCUUCCCUUGAAGAGUCUAGAGAUUUGUCAGAAAUAUCUCUAGCAGACCUUCUUCAUGCACUGGAAGCUCAAGAACAAAGAAGGACCUAUAGGAAUGAAAGUAGCAUUGAGGGAGCAUUCAAAGAAAAUGAGGUUUGCAAAAACAAACCACAACAAGCUCAAGUAGCGGAUGAAGAACAAGAAGAUGAACAACUUUUUGUUGCGACUUGUUUUGCAAGACAAAUUUCAAGCAAUGUUUGGCUAAUUGACAGCGGAUGCAGCAAUCACAUGACUUUUGAUGAGUCACUGUUCAAAGAGAUUGAUAAAACAGUAAUAUCAAAAGUCAAAAUUGGUAACGGACAAUAUAUUGAAGUCAAAGGUAAAGGAACUGUUGCAAUUGAAGGACCAUCAGGUAUAAAAUUAAUUUCUGAUGUGAUGCUUGUUCCUGAAAUUAGUCAAAACUUGCUGAGUGUUGGACAACUACUUGAGAAAGGUUAUUCUGUUAUUUUUAAGAAUAUCAUGUGUUUUAUAACUGAUUCAUGUGGUGCUGAAUUAUUUUCUGUGAAAAUGAAAGACGAGUUUUUGUCUUGA